AUGCCGAAGCAAGCGAUUGUUCAACCUUCUAUUGAGGCAGUCGAGAUUAUUGAAACCCCUAUCCCCACUCCUGAGGACAAGGAGGUCGUCAUCAAAGUCGUCGUUUCCGGUGCAAACCCAAAGGACUGGAAGUAUCCACUAUGGUAUAUCUUUCCCAAUAUUGGUUUCGCAUGUCUUGAAAGUGUCGGUGAUGACAUCGCCGGCACUGUCCAUUCCGUCGGCAAAAACGUCUAUGAAUUCAGGCCAGGUGACCGUGUAGCAGCUUUUCACGAGGCCGGAACCGCAAACGGCAGCUUUGCAGAGUAUGCCGUUGCCCCAGAUUGGACGACCUUCCAUGUACCGCACAAUGUUUCCUUCGAAGAGGCUGCCACCGUUCCUCUUGCGGCGCUUACUGCAGCAAUUGCCCUCUAUGUCGACAUGAAACUUCCGGUACCAUACAAUCUAAAACAGUCUCCAGAAGGCGAAAAGAGAGUACCAAUUUUGAUCUAUGGGGCCUCAUCAGCAGUAGGUGCAUUUGCUGCGAAAUUCGCACGUCUCUCCAAGCUCAGUCCUAUCAUCGGCGUUGCUGGCCAAGGCAGCGGGUUUGCCAAGACCUUAGUCGAUUACGUCGUUGACUACCGGAAAGGCGAAGACGCACUUGUUGCAGAUGUUGAAGAGAUCCUCGCGAAGGAAGGCCUAGGAAGUAAAGUUCCCAAUGUCUUUGAUGCCAUUAGCGAGAACGGGUCGCUCGAAGCAACCCUUCGAUUUCUUGAUCCAAACGGAGGCACUGUUAGCACCGUGCUGCCUCCCAGGCUGUUUGCGAAGGAUAAAGAAAACUUUAAAUACCCAAGUGGUGUGAUCGCUAUCAACAGCGCUGUUCCUCGGGUUCAUUCAACACACAAGGACUUUGGCUAUCUCUGGUCGCGCUAUCUGGGACGACUCUUAGAAGACGGAAGAUUGAAAGCACAUCCGUAUGAAGUGAUUCCAGGUGGAUUGAAUGGAAUCUUGACAGGAUUAAAGAAACUGAAGGAUGGGAACGCCAGCGCGGUCAAAUAUGUCUAUCUGAUUGAAGACACCAAUGAUGUUUCGACGCUUGGAAUAACUGGGCAGCGCGAGAAUCGAAUUGAAUCCCCGAGUUCUCACCAGCUCAAAGAUUUCCCUUUUCUAGGUAGCAAAUGA